AUGCUCAUAGAGGAUGUGGAUGCCCUCAAGUCCUGGCUGGCCAAGGGGGAGAGGAGCGCUAGGGGCGUAGAGGCGGUGCUAUGGGACGGGGAGGGGGAUUCAAGAAUUUUGAAGGACUUGAAAAAUAUGGAGUUACAAUGUGAUGCUGACCCUUCAGCCUUAGCCAACUAUGUUGUAGCACUGGUCAAGAAGGACAAACCUGAGAAAGAAUUGAAAGCCUUUUGUGCUGAUCAACUUGAUGUCUUUUUACAAAAAGAAACUUCGGGGUUUGUGGACAAACUAUUUGAAAGUCUCUAUACUAAGAACUACCUUCCGCCUUUGGAACCAGUUAAGCCUGAGCCCAAACCACUAGUCCAAGAAAAGGAAGAAAUUAAAGAAGAGGUAUUUCAGGAGCCAGUGGAAGAAGAACGAGAUGGCAGAAAAAAGAAAUAUCCUAGUCCCCAAAAGACUCGUUCAGAAUCUAGUGAACGAAGGACACGUGAGAAAAAAAGGGAAGACGGCAAGUGGAGAGACUAUGACCGGUACUAUGAGCGGAAUGAAUUGUACCGUGAGAAGUAUGACUGGAGAAGAGGCAGGAGUAAGAGCCGGAGUAAAAGCCGAGGCCUGAGUCGUAGUCGAAGCCGAAGUAGGGGCCGGAGCAAAGACCGGGAUCCAAAUAGGAAUGUGGCAGAGCACAGGGAAAGAUCCAAGUUUAAGAGUGAAAGGAAUGACUUGGAGAGCUCAUAUGUGCCUGUGUCUGCACCACCCCCGAACUCUUCUGAGCAGUACUCCUCUGGGGCACAGUCUAUUCCCAGCACUGUUACUGUGAUCGCACCUGCUCACCACUCUGAAAACACAACCGAGAGUUGGUCUAAUUACUAUAACAAUCAUAGCUCUUCCAAUUCUUUUGGUCGAAACCCACCACCAAAGAGGCGAUGCAGAGAUUAUGAUGAAAGAGGAUUUUGUGUCCUUGGUGACCUUUGUCAGUUUGAUCAUGGAAAUGAUCCCCUGGUGGUUGAUGAAGUUGCUCUGCCAAGUAUGAUUCCUUUCCCACCCCCUCCACCUGGGCUUCCUCCUCCACCACCUCCUGGAAUGUUAAUGCCUCCAAUGCCGGGCCCAGGCCCUGGCCCCGGCCCUGGUCCAGGCCCAGGCCCUGGCCCUGGCCCUGGCCCUGGCCAUAGUAUGCGACUUCCUGUUCCCCAAGGACAUGGUCAGCCUCCACCUUCUGUUGUGCUUCCCAUACCAAGACCACCCAUAACCCAGUCAAGCUUGAUAAACAGUCGUGAUCAGCCGGGGUCAAGUGCAGUGCCCAAUCUUGCACCAGUGGGAGCAAGACUACCUCCUCCUUUACCCCAGAACCUCCUUUAUACAGUAUCAGAACGACAGCCCAUGUACUCUCGUGAACAUGGUGCUGCUGCAUCUGAGCGACUUCAGUUGGGGACACCACCUCCUCUGUUGGCAGCUCGUUUGGUGCCACCUCGCAACCUCAUGGGAUCCUCCAUUGGGUACCAUACCUCAGUCUCCAGCCCUACCCCUCUGGUCCCAGAUACGUAUGAACCAGAUGGUUAUAAUCCAGAAGCUCCCAGUAUUACCAGUUCUGGUAGAUCUCAGUAUAGACAGUUCUUUUCAAGAACACAGACACAGCGCCCUAACCUGAUUGGCCUAACAUCUGGAGAUAUGGAUGCAAAUCCUAGAGCAGCUAACAUCGUCAUCCAGACUGAACCACCAGUUCCUGUUUCAAUUAAUAGCAACAUCACCAGAGUAGUUCUUGAACCAGAUAGCCGAAAAAGAGCUGUGAGUGGUUUGGAAGGGCCACUCACAAAGAAACCUUGGCUGGGAAAGCAGGGGAAUAACAAUCAGAGUAAACCAGGAUUCUUGAGAAAGAAUCAGUAUACAAACACCAAAUUAGAAGUCAAGAAAAUCCCUCAAGAACUGAACAACAUUACCAAGCUCAAUGAACAUUUCAGCAAAUUUGGAACUAUUGUUAAUAUUCAGGUUGCGUUUAAGGGUGAUCCAGAAGCAGCACUCAUCCAAUAUCUUACCAAUGAGGAGGCCAGGAAGGCUAUUUCUAGCACAGAAGCUGUGCUAAACAACCGAUUUAUUAGAGUCCUGUGGCACAGGGAAAACAAUGAACAACCAGCACUACAGUCCCCAACGCAACUGCUCUUGCAACAACAGCAGACACUUAGUCACCUCUCACAGCAGCAUCAUCACCUGCCACAGCAUCUUCAUCAGCAGCCAGUGCUUGUGGCCCAGUCUCAAUCCUCAUCAGUGCAUGGAGGUAUCCAGAAGAUAAUGAGCAAACCACAGGCAUCAGGUGCAUAUGUUCUUAACAAAGUUCCUGUUAAACAUCGUCUUGGACAUGCAAGUGGAAACCAGAGUGAUGCAUCACACUUAUUGAAUCAGUCUAGUGGGGCUGGAGAGGAUUGCCAGAUAUUUUCAACUCCAAGUCAUCCAAAAAUGAUUUACAGCUCCUCAAACUUAAAGGCAUCUUCAAAACUUUGUUCAGGAUCUAAAUCUCAUGAAGUUCAAGAAGCUCUUAAAAAAAAACAGGAAGCAAUGAAACUACAACAAGAUAUGAGGAAAAAGAGGCAAGAAGUGUUAGAAAAGCAAAUUGAAUGUCAAAAGAUGCUAAUAUCUAAGCUAGAAAAAAACAAAAAUAUGAAACCAGAAGAAAGAGCAAAUAUAAUGAAGACUUUGAAAGAGCUUGGAGAAAAGAUCUCACAAUUAAAAGAUGAACUAAAAACAUCUUCUGCAGUGUCCACACCCUCUAAAGUAAAGACAAAAACAGAGGCCCAGAAGGAGUUAUUAGAUACUGAACUGGACCUCCACAAGAGGCUAUCCUCAGGAGAAGAUACAACGGAAUUACGGAAAAAACUCAGUCAGUUACAGGUUGAGGCUGCACGAUUAGGUAUUUUACCUGUGGGUCGAGGAAAGGCCAUGUCCUCUCAAGGUCGAGGAAGAGGCCGAGGCCGUGGAGGAAGAGGAAGGGGCUCACUAAAUCACAUGGUGGUGGACCACCGCCCCAAGGCACUAACAGUUGGGGGAUUCAUUGAGGAAGAAAAAGAUGAAUUACUUCAGCAUUUCUCAGCUGCAAACCAAGGGUCAAAAUUUAAAGACCGUCGGCUACAAAUAUCAUGGCACAAGCCCAAGGUACCGUCUAUAUCCACUGAGACUGAGGAAGAAGAAGCCAAGGAAGAGGAAACAGAAACUUCAGAUUUGUUUCUACAUGAUGAUGAUGAUGAAGAUGAAGAUGAAUAUGAGUCUCGUUCAUGGCGAAGAUGAAACCUGAUGCAAGCUGUAUAAUUUUUAGGAAUAUUGUUUAGAAGAACAACUUUUUAAAAUUAUUUAAAGAAGUCAAUGAGCCAAAAAAAUUUUUUAUUUUUCUUUUCAACACAGUAGGUUUAAGGACAGCAAGUUUGCUAUUUAAACACAUCUCAUAACUGUACAUGAUAUUAAAGCACCAAAGGCCUAGUGACUUUUACAUAGUUGUGAAGAUCCACGGGAAUGAUAUGGAUUAUCUCUAGAGCCUUAUUUCCACACCAUCUGUUUUUGUUGCUAUUGGUGUUGGAUUAUGAUGUAAAUGACAGGGUGUUCAGAAAUUUUAUUUUGGAUUAUAAUCUGCUGAUAAAAAUUUCAUUAAAUGUCUAAAUCACCUGGAAUCUCUUAACUCUCAGCUAUUAUGGAUGGGUCGUCAGACAAUAGGAGAUAUUUGUAAUUAAAAUACCCUUUUGCUUUCAAGAAUUGUCUUGGAAGAUAAGUAGAUUUAUUUUAGUGUGUUUUUUGUUUUGUUUUGUUUUUGUUUUUGUUUUUGUUUUGCUGUGGAAGAGCCUAAUUUUUAUUCAAUCUAAACAUUUUUUCAGAGUUUUUAUGUAUAGUAGUACUAUUACAGUGAAAUCACAGCAAUUCUGUGUUCGUAAAUACUAUAAGCUAGCUCUGUGUUAUUUUCAUUCUCUCAUCAUAUAACUCCUGGGCUUUUCCUGCUAUUGAUCCUUGGUUUGCUUUGGUACUUGGUGAGCAUUGGUUCAGUUGGUCCUCCCCCCCCACCCCGCAAACAUUCUCAAAAUGUGGAAGACUUUCACCUGUUGCCCCUUUUUUGUUCCACUUUUUUUCCUCUUGUCUUUUUAUUUAAAGACCUGACUACCCAUUAUUGAGAUAAGUGAUUCAUUUAGGCCACCAACAAUCUGUUCUUAAUAAAAAGUUUAAACUAGCAUCUUGAUAAAUAAGUGAUGUUUUGAUGAGAAUAAUAGAUAUUGGUGGGGAGAGAAUCACCAGCUUUUUUUUUUUUCUUCCCUCUUUUAAAACUUCAGGUUAGUUAUAGUUACACAGAAGGGUUUAAAAAGGUGUGAAAUUCUUUUUCUAAAUUUAAACCAUGGUGGUGAGGUGACUGGGGGUAGGAUGGGGUGGGAAUAGGGAUGGGUUAAGGGGUUGGGUAUGCUAAUAAAUGGGAGUCAUAACUUGACUUUGAUCAGAUGACCUUAUAUUUUCAUAAUUUUGUAGCUUGUUGCUAUCCAUGAACAUAUGCAUCCUUCAGUAGACAGUUUACUUUACUGUGUGCAUUUUUACUGUACACUGUAUAGAAUAGAGUAUCUGUUAAGUAAAUAUAUAUGUAAAUUUAUGUCCUUGUGUUCUCAAUGUUAGAUGGAAAAGCAGAGGAGCAACACUACACUGUAUGACCCCUGGGGAAAUAAAAUGAUUCAUGUACAUAGGAUGUCACUUUUUUAAGGAUAUGCACAUCCAUGUUUUUAUAUAUGUGUGGUGUGAAAAUUUGAAACUUCCUGUUGGGUUCAGAAGGUUCUUAGUGAUCAUUAUUCCAAGGAUUUUAUUUCCUGAGGUAAAGACAGUUUCUCAAAAUAGAAACUAUUCACUAAGAAACUUAAAACCAUCAGGAUUCCAGAUUCACUUAGCUACCAGUAGUUAAAUCCCAAGUUCUGAUCAUCUUUCUCGUCUACAUAUUUUCCUGGAAUGAUGUGUCAAACCAGGACUAUUUUUUAAGUUGAUGUAAUUUUCCCUUCAUAAUCAUAAGGACUUCCUCUUUUAGGUUAUUAUAUUUCUUAUAACACUGAAGCUAAAAUAAGCUUAUAAAAGAAGGAAAACAUUAGAACUGGGUACCUAGAAUAAGCAAUCUUGCUCCUUACUCCUCCAUCAUCUCUAAUGAAAUUUUCUUGAUGUCUGUGGCUCAGUCAGUAUAUAUUUUGAAAGAUUCAUUGUGGUGAAUAUUUUGAGUCCUGACAGUUUAAACGUGAUAGAGGGAACAAAGGAUUUAUAUAUUUUUUGUACAAAGUUUUUUCUUAAACUGUAUAAUUUUGUAAAUAGUUUGUUUGGGUUUUUUUUCUUUUGUGUACUAAAACUACCAGCGUAUAGAUUUCAAUAAGAAUUGUUGUAUUUUUGUAUUUGGAAACUGAAAAUUACAGUAAAUUAAUGGAGCUGUAAGAAAAUUUUCAGUAGACUGACAGUUUAGCAGAAUGAGAUUCCUUUUCAUAUGAUUUUUUUAACCUCAAAUUGACAAAUUGAGGAUUUGUUUGACUUUUUAAUUAUUAGGGGUAGGGAGAUGUAAGAGAAGAGUGUAAAAGUGAAGAGCAGAUAGGUUUUUGAGUAAGAUUUAAAGGCCUUUGUAUGAAACUUGGUUUUCAGUAUACCUUAAAUAGGACCAAAAUACUUUAAAAGUUCCCUUUCUCAGAAUUCUAAAACAUGCUUGAUUAUCAAAAAUGAAUUUAAAAUAUGAGUUAUAGUAUUAGAAAACUUAAGGUUUCAUAAAAUAGGUGAAUAUAUAUAUAUAUUUGAUAGAUAUAUAUAUAUUUCCCCACUCUGGGAUUUUUUUUUUUUAACCCCUACCUUCAAAUCCCCAACUGUUAGAAUCUCUCUUAAAAGUGAAUAAUUACUGUGAUUUGUUUUAUUGGCAUCUUCAUUUUUAGAAAUAACAUAGCCUCUGAGACAAAUUCGUUUGUUCAUAAUGUGUAUGACAUCUCUAAGUAGCUGGUCAGCAAUAACAGCCACCAGGCUGGUGAGGUCAGCUUGAUUUAUUAGUGGAUUACUGCCCAUGCUUAAACAGGUAACCUCCAGGAAUGCAAAAUCUCCUUCAGUUUCGUCAUGUAACAUUGGGACAGUAUUGUCACCAGUUAAGAUGAUAAAUUGGAAAAGAGUCCUAUUAAGGUGAGAAGGGUCCAUGGCAAUGGAUCAUCAUUUCAAAAAAGAAGGAAAAAAAUGAUGUGAAAAGGAAUAGUGGUUCCUCUUGAUGUAUAGUAUGCCUGUAUUAUAGUUUUUACAAAAUUGUGAACUUGUGUAAUAGUAUAAUAGGAGAUAUUGUUGAAUUUCUAACUGUUUAUACAUUUAAAUUCAUAUAUGUAUUGUUUGUUUUAUUGAUUACAAUCUGAAUUUCUAAGACGCAUGUUGACUUUUGCAAUAAAGAUGCAAUAUGGAA